AUGCGAUCUCACAAUACCCUACUACGAGGCGUUCUCACGCUCGUAGCUGUCGCUUCCUGCUUUAUUAUUGUACUGGCUGUUUUUCACAUCAAGAUCGCAGAUUCUUUAUCCAUUAUCCCAGUACAAGAGCGACCGUUCUUUUACGAGCAACAACCCCACCAAGCGUCACCGACCCAAAACGCCUCCCCCGAGGAAGACGAUGCCGAAGCAUACCUCGAGCAAGAUGACAAGAGUUCUGCGCACCACGAUUAUCGCCUUCUUACCAGCUUGAGGAAUAAUAUGGGCUUUUACAAUAAGAUCGAUGCGAAAUUGACGGGUCAUCAAAUUAUGAACCCGACCCUGCUGGAGCUUCCUCGCAAUGCCAACUCGAGCCACCACUUUCUCAUCAUCGCGCGCGCACCGCACGUUAUUAAGAAAAUCGGCGAUAAACGAUAUAAACUUGCCCGACAAGUCGCGACUUUUGGCAAUCUUACGUAUAACAACCUCGGCAGACCUUUACUCAAGACGGGCAAGUGGUCCAGACUUUUGGUCAACGAUUUCGGAGGUCCUGAGCAUCACUGCCAGAGACAACCCGACAUGGAUCGCUACAUUGGGCCUGAAGAUAUGAAGCUGUUCUGGACUCGCACCGGCGAACCUCUUCUUAUUUUUACGCAUCAGGUCGAUGACGAGGUCAUGUGUCAGGGCCAGUUCAUCAUCGAUGUCCGCGCUGCGAUGCCUGAGCUCGAACAAGCUCUUGGAGCCGAGACUGCCGCUCUCCUCCCGCCGAUUCGCUUCGCUGAACCAACCAGUCUUCACCGCGAAGCUCCCGAAGGCGAAGAGAACCAUCCUCGUUACCAGCGCGAAAAGAACUGGGCUCUCGCUCAAUCCCCCUUCACCAGCGACCAAGAGCUCCUCCUCAUGGUCGAACCAGGCCAAUUGUACCGCUACACCUCCGCCGAGGACCCCGUCGAGCUCGUCGUCAGCGAGAAGGAUCAAAUCUCAAUAGUCCAAGAACCUUAUCCUCCUACCGCCGACAAGACAUGGCACAGCAAACUCAGCAAAACAUGCAUGCACGAUGUAAUGCUCGACGAGCGCCACGUCCACCAGAGCUCCCCCAUGCUAAGCGUAACCCUCUGCAACAGAGGCACCUGCGAGCCCAACGAGCAAAACACCAUAAUGAUGGGCAUAGUCCAGCGUCGCCAAGAUCCGCCCAACGCACCGUUCACGUGGUACGACCGACGGGUAGCGGUAUACGAGUCCGCGCCUCCGUACCGCAUGAUCAGCGUGAGCAAGAAGCUGACGUACCACGGCGAGAGCGACGGACGAUACGUGUGGACUGGCAGCAUGAGCUACUACACGAACCAAACGGUGUUUCCGCCGUCGAACCAUGGAUUUCUGGACGAUGAGGUGUGGUUGGGAUUCGGCAUCAAGGAUGCGGCUGCUGGGUGGUUGGAUGUACGGGCGAGGGAUUUAGUGGCUGAUCAUUACCUGUGUCAGGGCGCUUCAGCGGAGUACAAGCAUUAUAGGCAGGGCUUGUCGGCAUAA